GUACAAGAUCCAAUCAGACGUCGAGGCGCCAACCUCGUGACAUCAAGUCAUUCGCGAGUAAAUGGCAAACCUACGAAUUUUAUCUGGUGCGCGGAUGCCUCGAUUAAACACGCAAAAACACGCAUCUUCAAAACAAAAAAUCCAAAUUUCAAAUUUCAAAUUACGCCCAUGUCCAUCAUUUUAUGAGUCACUGUAAAUGCGCGAACACUUGCCCAGCAGACCUGACACUGCCGUCUCAUACUAUCUUCAUACCAUCUUCAUAUUAUCUUGGCACUGAUAUAUAAAUAUAUAUAUAAUAGUCGCGUCUGCCUUGUCUCGAACUUGAAUAAUAUUUGAUAUCGCACUUAGUACGAACUUUAUUCAAAGAUUUAAUACUUUCGUUUUGCGGAAGUUGAACUGGGCCUUGUUUAGCUUUCAAAAGAAGCAAGUUCGCGGAUACUAUGAUAGCCUGAGCUGACUUUGACCAAAACCAGUCUUAAUAUAGUAUGGCGCGAACUCGCAGAAGCAACCUCUCCGUGGAAGAUUCCUGGCGCAUGGUAGACGGAGGUGAAAAUGAUAGUUUUGAUACCACUAUUAUUCAGGAUCCCUUCGAGGGCGACCCUAUCAUAUUCAGCAGCCAGUCUCAACCAUCUCAACAGUCUCAGCUGACCUCGUCAUCCCAAGCCCAAAGUGUGGCAUCCCAAGACAGUAUUCGUGACUUUGCCAAUAAUGCGGAUGAAGACCGGGUCAUAUUACGAGCUCCCUUUCAGCCCUCACUCGCUUCCACCAGACAUACCUCUAUGGAUAAGGAUCGAACGCCCGUUCCUGAAUUCUUUAUGCCUACGGUUGAAGUUAACAGCGAACAAGGCAGUAGUCGCCGUUCAUCAAGAUCUACCAAUCCCAUUAUGAACGAGUCGCGCUUUGUCAAAAGAAGAGGCAACCGUCGAGACAGUGAUUCAACUGCGCGGCAAUCUCAAUACCAGCAAGAUGAAUUGCCUCCAAGACCUUCACUUGCGGAGAGAUUUACCAGUUCUGUUCCCGGCUUUCUAUUCGAUCUUGCUUCUUGGAAUAUAGGUAUCCUUCGCAUGGCUCUCCGAUUCGCACAGUGGCCACUGGCCAUUCUCCUCGCCAUUUACCUGAUUAUUGGCGCAUUCAUAAUGGCUAAGGACAUGAUUAUCAGCUCGGUUUCAGCGCCUCUUGCACCUAUAUGUUGGAUACCAGGCGUAUCUCUGGUUAACCUUCCGUUCUGCCCGAAAGAUUCACGCUCAGGGGUACGCGACGGUUCGUCGGUGGUUGAAUUUGACGAGCUCAUGAACGUGCAAGCCCAAUUUGAGAAGGUGCUAGAAGAAUCGGCACAGGGCGUCUCAUUGCCGAUGGAUAUGAAGCGAUCAGAAGCCUCCGUCCGAGACCUACGUACGAUGGUCAAAUAUAGCGAGUUGCCAACUCGCGCCGAGCUAGUCCACGAAUUUGAUACUUACAUUGACAUCGUCCGGACUAGCGCCAACGACUUGCAAAUGUUCAACACCCAUGUCGGCGGUGCAGUCGAUAGCAUUAUCAGCAUUAACCGAUGGACAACACGAUACAUCGACUCAAUCGCCAUGAACCGCGAGGCUCAUAACAAUAUACUAUCGCGCUUUAGCGACUGGAUUUUCUCUCCUUUCCAGGUGUCAGUAUUCGACGAGCGUGCACUCUUAGAAAAAUACAUCGAACACACAGCUUUAGUAUCGGACAAGAUUGCGAACCUCAUUGUGGAGGCACAGGCAAUACUGCGUCUACUCGGCGAAGCAGAGAAUUCACUACAGCUUAUCAAUGAGCAUGUCGUGCGUACAAGUAACGUGAUGAAAGAGAAGCAUAAUGAGGUGUUUUGGAACAUAUGGACGUUGGUGGGGGCUAAUACCCGUCGCCUCCACAACAUAAGAGUACAGCUUGGCCUGCUGCAACAAGUUAACACGCAGCGAAACUCGGCAGUUCAGCGGCUGGAUAGCUUAGUCCAUGACUUGUACGAUAUCCAAACCAAGCUAGGCGACCUGAGAGAUAGAGUCGCUGCUCCAGAACUACUGGCAGACUCGACAACCAUACCUCUGGCAGUACACAUCGAGACUAUCAACGCUGGAGUCGAGAGGCUCGAGACCGCGCGGAGUCGUAUCCGAGCCGAAGAGAAUGAACGACUUCGACAAGCGCUACAGAGAUCAAGGGAGGACGACCACUUAAUUGACGGCUAAAAUAAUUGACAAGCACAUUCAUUCAUUGUUAGGAUGUGAGGAUUAUGGGCAUCACAAACUUGGACUUCAAGCGAUGGGAGUUCAGGAAUAAGUAUAUAUAGGAAUGAGGGGAUACGGAUGCUGGAUCAAUGUAUAGCGGUACAUUCUCGGAUUGCGAGGUGCGAUGGGUCUCAGGCAUUAGGCUAAAGAAGACUGUGAAUACUAAAAUGUAUUUGUUAUUCAAAUCGAGGCCCAUGAAAUAAAUCCUUUGAGCACAUGA